AUGGCACCCUCGUCGACCGGCUCCGGUCGGUCGCGCUCCCUCUCGAUUUCGGACGAACCGCUGCCUGGCCCAACCAACGAAGCCCGUGGCGCAUCACAGAGCGGCCGACCCGACCCUGCCACCGUUUCCGGUGUCUCGUCCCGUCAGCAGCAGGGCAAGAUGACUCUGGCCCUGCCAGAUCAGCGACGGGUGGACAUCGAUCUGCAGGCAUCACGCCAGGGCCUCGACACCACUUUAUGCGAUAUCGGGCCGGCGCUGAUCACCAUCUCGCCCAGUGACACGCUGGUUUUCGACCAGGCCUACGCCAACCACGCUCCGUGCGUCCACCGGCUGACGAUCUGCAACCAGGACGCCGAGCACAGCGUUCUGGUCCGCAUGGACACCAACCUCAGCCAGGGGUUGAGCUUCAUGCGCCGCAAACGGUCCGCGCCCAAGAAUGACUUCGAGCCGUGCGCUUGGCCAACAAACAGCCUCACCUGGGCCAGGAGAGGUGGCCUGUCGCCACAGAACCUCAGAGGCUGGCGACACGUCAUUGCCAACCUCGAGAACGCUAGCUCCUUUGUACUGAACCCGGGUGCGAGCACCACGCUCUACGUCAUGUUCCGCCCCAUGGCGUUCACGACGGACGGCGAGGGUGAUCAGCUGCAGAGCCUGGCCUUUAAGUCGCCUCCGUCACCGGCCUUUCAGCAGACACCGCGCUUCGAGCGCGCCCUGGACGAUUCCCUCGCCUCGCGGACAGAUGCGAGUGCGCUGACGUCUACCUCUCCCGUGUCCACGCCGGCGGCUCUUGGCGAGCAGCACGAUCCGUUCGGAAAAGAAGAGGCCGAACGUAACCCCCUCGAGACCGGCAACGAAGCGAUUCUCGCCUCGCCUCGCUCGGCGCCGGAGCUAUGUGCCGCUGCCAAACCAGAGCGCAUGGUCCUCGGUGCAAAGCCGCAGUUCUCGACAUUCGACGUGCGCGGUUCGAUCACGGCCAGGGCAUGGUCUUUACCCCGCGCCGAGGCUCCGUUCGCCGACGACGCCCUCGUCGACACGCCCUUUAGCGGCUUGUCGUCAGCCGCGUCGUCGCGCCCGGCGUCGUUCUACGGCUCGGUCCAGUCGUCCACCACCGCAGCAACAUCCUCGUCCUUCUCGCUGCCCGACGAAGGCACGGGACAGUCAAAGACAAUGCUGGUCUCGGCGAGAUGCUGCCGUCCCUCGAUCGACGCCAUCCUGCACUCUUCCGAAAUCACCAGCACUUCCGGCAACAGUCUGAUUGAGAUCGACUUUGGCGAUGCCCUCGUCGGCCAGGCGUACAAUCGGACACUUGUCCUUCGCAACAAUUCCGAGAUCGAUUGCAUCUGCCAGGCCACCAUGGAAGAGGCUCGCAACAUGCUGCAGGCCCGACCCAUCACCCUCCUCAGCGCGGACGAUGGCUCGCCUCUCCCGAUGGUCAGCGCCGACGACGACUCGGUCACGCACGACCCUUUCGGGCUGCUGCCCCGGACGACGCGGGCAGUCGAGCUGCGGCUCGCACCUCAGGAGCCGUGCAAGGACUACGAACAGGUCAUCACCUUCACGAACCUGCACGAUUCCGCCAAUGCCAUCCGCGUCGUUGUCCGGGCCAACAUCCUCGGCGUGGCUAAGGACGACUCGUUGGCGGUGCUUUCCGGCGACAUCCUCGACUUCGGCGACUGCUAUGGUGGGCACUGGACUCGCCAGCUUCUCGUGCUCAAGAACACGGCAGAUGUGCUCCUCGACGUCCAAUUUGGCGCGCCAAGAGGCAUCGACAUGACAUUCCAGCUGGCAGAGCUCGCGCCGCAGGCCGACGAGGAAGCCAUCGAGGACGAGCAGCUGCCCCCGAGCUCCGUGGCCAGCGACAUCUCGAUACCCUCAAGCGGAGACGUCGGUUCGCACUUUUCGUCGGCACUGGACUCGAGCAGCGCAAUCAGUCUCGAUCCAGCGGGGGGUCCAGGAGUCGGGCUUGAACCCUCGGCGACGUACUCGGAGCUGGCCAAGACGCCCACUCACUACGCGCAAGCCACUCCUGCCGAGGCGGACCCGCCAAAACUGGAGCUCUCCAAGCUCGACCCUCUGUCGACGCCUGCCCAGGCUUCCGGUCUGGCUGCGCAGUCCGACCGCUCGGAGGGCGAGGAUGUCGAUGCCUCGUCGGUUGCAUCGCAGCAGGGCUCGCGUCCCGCAUCGCCUGUCGACGAGCGGGUGCCGACCGGCCUCAGUGCCAAGGAUCCUCGUCUCGAGUCGCUCACCAAGGAGUCCCUGGCAACCCGUCUCGAGCGCCUCAACUCAGGACCAGGCUCGGACGACGAGCGCUCCCGCCCCGCCAAGGCCCUCUCCGCCCGCGUUGGUAGCGACGGCGACCAUCAAAGCAUCUCGACGAACCCGUAUAGCCAAUCGUCUUCAAGCUUCCUGUCCCGGCCGUCGUCCCGGAAUCGGCUCGGCGAGCACAAGGCUUUCGAUGCCGUAGGCACGGAUGAUGCUGGAUCGGCCAAGUCCGAGGCCACGGCGCACUCACGCGAAAGCCGGAUGGGCCCCUUGCCCGCCACGUCGACGUCGUCCCAUCCCGGCUCGACCGCAGGCGGCAAGCAUCCCCGAUCGGGACUCGGGCGUGCCCUUUCUGGACUACGCAAUGUCGAGCAGGCGCACAGCAACCAGCUCGAGGAGCUUGUCCUACGACCCGGCGGCGAAUACCGGGUGGUGGUUUCGUACAAGCCAGCCAGAGAGGACCUCGACGCCGACUUUACGGGCGGUCGGCUGGUCGAGCGGUCUUUCAACGUCUCGCUCGAUUACGCUCGAUCUCGCUCCGGGAGCACGCGCACCAAGGGCGGGCGCGAGCGGAAGACGAUCGUCUGCCAGAGCCGGACGUGCACCUCGUUUAUCUCGGUCAGCCCCAAACUGAUCGAUCUUGGCGAGGUGCAAGUAGGCACGCGCAAGUCUGCCAACAUUGCCGUGACGAAUCGGUCCGAGCUCACGGCACGGGUGGAUCUGCGCUUUGUGUCCAAGGUAUUGGGCAUGUACAAGGACGAGGUGGCCAUCCCUGCGCUCCAGACGGUCGAGCUCAAGGUCGAAUCGUUCCCGCGCCGGAUCAACGAGUCAUACCGGAAACAGAUCACCGUCGCCAACCUGCUCAACCGGCACGACGACCAGAUCUUUGAGGUCCGCUCGGUCAACGUCGACAAGCAGCGCAUCAGCUUCCACUCGCUCUUCUACCGCCUGCUGACGCCCACCGGCUCCAACUUCGUCGACUUCGGCGACGUCAACAUCAACUCGACGAGGAUUCGCAACUUCACCAUCGAGAACACGUCGGGCGCAAAGCUGGCGCUGGAGCUCUCGGCGGCUCAUCCCGAAGACCUCACGCUCUAUGUCAAGGCCGUGCCUAAGCAGAGUGGGGAUGCCGCCGCUCCUGUGGACAAGCAGGGCGGCGCUGCAAGGGGAUCGAAUCGAUACGCCGAUCUCGAAUGCGGCGACGGAGCCGCUGGCACGGAGACGGAUGGCACCCGGGCCAAAGCCCCGAAGCCGACGCUCAAAGGAUCUGAUCUCAAGGAGCGCUUCCUCGAGACGAUCUCGGUCGACUCGCCCGCCUCGGUCCGCAACGAGAACACGUCGUGGAGGCUGGCGCAGAAGCAGAGCCACUUCCUGCGCAAGGACGUCAGCGCCGGUGCCCCGUCGCAGAAGAAAGACGCCGGCGCCGUCAAGCCCAAAGUUCACAUCAACCUCGUCUCGGCGCUCAAGAAGGGUGGCAAGGGCAGGAUCACGCUUGUCUACGGCAAGUCGAUGACGUUUAAGGACCGUACGUUGCUGCGCGACUUUGAGUUCCUUGACCUGGCCACGGGCCCGCCUGUGGAUGCGCGGCGCAUCUCGGCCAAGAGCAAGCGCUAUGCGAUGCUCGAGACAAUCGCGACGGGAGGCAAGGCCAAGCACUCGAGCGCAACGGGCCAGGCCAAGGCCAAGCAGGCGACCGGAGACGGCAAGCUCGGCGAUGAUGGCGCGCCGCCGGCACCCGGAUCAAAGAAGGAGUCCAGGUCGCGCGCCCCGACUUCGAACUCCUCGGCCCCGUCGACAAAGGCGGCAGCCAACGCGCGGCGCCUGCCGUCGCCCCUCGCAAAGGAUAUCCGCGUGACGGGCUCGCUCAAGACCGCAAAGGCCGGGACCGGGCAGCCGUCGAUCACCGGCGUGCUCAAGGGUGACAAGGACGCACGACCAGACAGUGGCGGCAGGGUCCACUUUUCGCCGGCGCUCACCGGCAAGCGCAAGGCAGCGCCGGUGCUGUCGAACUCUGCCGACGUGUCGCGCAUGUCGCUCGAGGACUUGCUGUCGGCGGUCGAAGGUCAGAACAGCACACUCAGCACCUUGUUCCUGGGCAGCGUCCAGGCGGAGGAGCAGUUCGUCCGGACCGAGAUCAACCUGCAGAGGGAGCUGCAGCUCGCCAUUGACAAUGGGCGUCUCGUGCCCGUCGAGGUGCUCGACAUCCCGGCGGGCAGCGAGAAGCAGGUGAUCGCCGUCUACCAUCCGAGCGGCAGCACCCGGCCCCACGUCCAGGGCAACGCCCGCAAGCAGGACUCGCGGAUCUUCAUGAGGCUGGUCGACUUUGACAUGGGCGUCGUGCGCGCCUCGGACGAGUUUGCAGGCAUGGCCGAGCUCGACGUCGACGAGUUGCCGGUGCGAGACCUCAUGAUCCGGUCCAAUACGUGCCGCAGCCUGCUCGAGCUCGGUCAGCCCCACAUCAACUUCGGGCACAUGGAAAAGGGCGACGCCAAGACGCGCCGGAUCCUGAUCUCGAACCGGAGCGAGUGGGCGCUGCGCUACUGCAUCCGCAAGAGCGGCAGCAUCGCCAGCGGAGACAUCAAGUUCAGCGGCGGACGCUACGGCGUCGUGCCCGGCUACGGCAAGCGCGAGGUCGAGUUCGUCUUUUCGCCCUCGAUGUCCGGCACCUUCCAGGAAAAGCUCGUGGUCGAAAACGUGGCCGACCGGGACAAUGACCAGGUGGUCGUUCUCAAGGCCAACGUGCGCAAGGUGUCCAACUUUGCCGUCGAUCCUUCCACCAUCGACUUUGGCGCCAUCUCGCCUGGCAAACUGUCGACGCCCGAGAGCUUUGUCCUGAGCAACACGACGAGCAAGCCGAGGUCGUUUGUCAUCGCCAUCGACCCGCACGACCUGCUGAUGGAGCGGUGCAUCGUCGACGUUGCGCUUAGCAUGGCGAGCGACGGAGACGUCAAGGGCACGCUGACGCGCGAGGAGGAAGAGGAGGUCGAGCACCUCUCGCAGAAGCUCAAGAUUGCCAGCCGCAAGGGCAACCUGGACAAGGUCAAGAAGUACGAGGAGCGCCUCUCGCAGCUCGGCGUCAAGCCGUCUUCGCCGAUGGUUGCCUCCGCUUCGCAGGCCGGCGACGAGGGCGCCGAGGGCGAACAAGGUGUCGAGGACGCCAGCACAGCCAAAGCUCUGGCUUCGGAGGCCUCUUUGACGACGACGAAGCUCAAGCGUAUCUCGUCAAACGUCACCUGUGCCCUGUCGCCCAACCAGAGCAAGCGACUCGUCCUCCGCGUCCGGGCCAGCGCCGUGCAGUCGGCGAUACGGCCAGACCAGGCGGAUCCGGCGGAGCGCGGCGGCCCAGAAAAGGCCGGAGUCGAGUCGGUCGAGGUGGCCGUCAAGGUUCACGAGGUCAAGAACCAGGACGAGACCAAGGUGGUCCUGCUCAAGGCCAACGUCGAGUUUGAAUUGAGCGGAGAGGGCGGCGGCGACGAGGGGGCGGCGACGUCGGCCGAGGCCAUGCCGAGCGAUGCCGUCAUCUUCUCGCCACUGGCAUAG